AUGGGCAACGCAAUAUUUUUCAGAAGGCAUCAUGGGCGUGUUAAUAUCAUGAAAUUAGAUGGGCAAGUGUUGAAGGUGAAGGGGCCUCUCAUAGUAAAUGAUAUCCUCGCAUAUUAUCCAGGCUAUGUAAUUUUGCAUUCAGAAGCAGUUCGUCACAUGGGAGUGAAAGCAAAACCUUUGGAUGGAUCUGCAACUCUCAACGCUAAGCACCUCUAUUGUCUUAUUCAAUUGCCAAAGGUAGAGAAUCACAAACGGGAGCCAAAAAGAGUCAGUUCAGGGAUACCCAUGAAUGCAAAGUCCAGGCUUGAAAGUUUGCUCUUAACGCGCAGAUCCAUUUCUGAUAUUUCUCACAUAAAUUGUGAGCCAUCAUCUUCUGAGAGCAGUGAAGAUAAUGGAGCUGUUCGGGUUAAAGUCCGGUUGACAAAAGCUGAGCUUAUUGAAUUGAUGGGUGAGAGCCAAGAGAGUUGUGAUACAGUGGAAAGAAUCCUGGAUUCAAUCCUCAACCAUGAGAAAUUCCAGCAAAUGGAAAGAGGAAAGGAGAUAGAAGAGGAAGAGAAUUUUGCCUGGAAACCUUCCUUAGGGAGCGUCCCUGAAACUUGGAGAAAAAGCGAGGUGCUUAUGGAAUCAUCUGCUACUGUUCCUCGUUUUACAUAG